UUAAUGCUGUUCGCCCGUAUUUCUUGGUUGAUGCGCGCGGUCUGUCGUACGGUGAUCGUCGAGAGGGUAAAGGCGUACCGGAGCAGCCGUUUCAUUCAGUAUACCGACGACCGUAGCGCCGGUGAGACGAGUUAGCAUCGUUCCGCGGACGAUUUUCGCAUAGGUGCACACACAUUCGCGGUACUUACACUACAGGACUGCACCAGCUUCUUUUCGCCCAGUUCUCACGGAAUUUUGGACCCAGAUUGCGGCUGACCUUGCUCCGUGAACGUCAACCGGCCACUAGUGAGCCGAGCCUCAACGCCGAAAAACCGUGCCAACCGGAGGUGUCCACGCUUUCGCCGCGGUUUCCGGUUUCUAGCCUGGCCCGGCCCCGCAGGAACUAGCCCUCAGCGACCGGGAAUCUUGGUCGACACCCUGUGGUCUGGUGGUGAGCUAUGAAAAUAUUGUGACCGUUUGACGGGCCUGUGAGUGAUCGUCGAAGAGAAACGGGAGGAGGAGGCUGAGCGCGCCGAGGUUCCAGUGGAAGUGACCAAUUAGACAAAAAGCUGGAUACCAUGUCGUUUCUACGUUCCGUGGGGGAUGUGAUCGGUUUCUUGAUCCUCACGGUGUUCUCGAUCAUCGAGAGCCUCGUGAAGAUGCUCAUCCCCGCGAAAUACAAGAUGAAGAGCAUCGCCGGCGAGAUAGCCCUUGUGACCGGCGGCGGGGGCGGUCUGGGCAGCCUAAUCGCCCUCAGGCUCGCUAAUCUGGGCGCCAUCGUGGUCAUCUGGGACGUAAACAAAGCAGGCAUGGAAGAGACUGUUAAACUGGUGCAAGCCGCAGGUGGAACCUGUUACGGCUACGUCUGCGAUCUAUGCGAUCGUGAGGAUGUUUACAAGAAGGCCGCGGUGGUCAAAGCGGAAGUGGGAAAGGUGACAAUAUUGAUAAACAACGCCGGCGUGGUCAGCGGGAUGAAAUUUAUGGACACGCCUGACAAGCUCAUUAUCCGCACGAUGGAUGUCAACGUGAUGAGCCACUUCUGGACAACGAAGGCGUUCCUACCCUCUAUGAUGGAGGAAAACAAGGGCCACAUCGUGAGCAUAGCCAGCUUGGCCGGUCACGUGGGAGUGCCGACAUUGGUGGACUACUGCACCUCGAAAUUCGCGGCAGUCGGUUUCGAGGAGGCUCUCCACAUGGAACUCGCGGCUGACGGAUAUAAAAUCAACACCACCGUCAUAUGUCCGUUCUUCAUUCGCAGUACCGGCAUGUUCGAGGAUAUUUCGCCUAGGUUUGUACCAAGACUUAGUCCCAAUGAAGUGGCUGACCGUGUCGUGUCCGCCAUGAGGUGCAACGAGAAGAUCGCCGUUGUACCUGGUUACCUUUACUUCAUGCUCGUCUGUAAAUGGGCCUUCCCAUGGGCCUGCGCGGGAAUGUUCAUCCGAGGGGUAGUCACCAGCACGCUGAGCGUCUACAACACGCCGAAGAAGGCCGCGCCCAAGCCGAAGGAGGAGAUCGUCGCCGACGUGAUAACGAAACACCAGAACGGCGCGAACAUGGAGCAGCUAACGAGACGCGUCUCCAGCACGGAGAGGAAGCCGUAGUUCGUUAUUUUCCGUUGACUAAUCCGUGUCCAAGAACGUUUCGAAAUCGGAUCCAUUAGUUCAGCACCUCUAUUGGACAAUGAAACAACGAGAACGGGUACAACACCGUCGAAUCACGAUACCGUUGAUAACGCUCAUGUAAUUCCGUAGCACAUUGCAAAACUCGUCACGCACGUACACGUUAGGGUUUUAUCGAGCUCGUUCCGUGCGAGCCGAUUGUUACGCAAAAAAAGAAAUUGUCGGGCGACAAGCUGCCUCCGUUCCGGCGUGAAACGUAGACCCGAUUAUUCUUUCGCAACGUUCGCGACGCGGCCGAUCGGCGAUGAUCCGGCGGAGUAUCUUGCGAAGGAGAGGAUCGAAACCUUUAAGAACGAUUUCUUUGCUUUCAAGCCGCGCCGGAGAAAAAAAGACGUCGACGGGGACGUUCUAGGAGAGUGAAAGUUUCGGACGCGUCCGUUCGAACACGUGUUUUGUUCGACGUUGAACAGAAUUCGCUCGUAUUGACGUUAUUUAAUUUUGUAAGAGGAGGAGAGAGCGAGAGUGACGGAGAGAGCCACCCGCGGCACAGACUCGCGGAACGUUUGUCCGAACGGCACGGGUAUCUACCACUUCUUUUUACCAAUAAUCGGCGCCAAUGUGUGAUACAUUAAACGUUCGUUGUUCUAGAUUGUAAGGAUAGGCUUAAGGACUUUCCUAUUUGUAAUUUCUAACCGGCAGCUCGCGGAUGGGACACGUGCGAUCAGUCACGCGGAUUCGAGUCCGCCGAAUGUAGUCGCCAGGCGACCAAUUUGUCAAAACGAGAAAUAAAUUUCCUAGAAUAUUUA